AUGUUUAAAUUAUUUAAUUUUUUAAUUUCUUUUAAUUUAUUUCUUCUAAUUUAUUUUUAUUUAAUUCUUAAAAUUUCUGAAGGUGUUUUAAUUAAUAAUAGAAAUUUCGGGUUAAGACAAAGAAGACAAAAUGCCCCAUUUGAUGAAUUAAUUUAUGGAGCUCUUCGACUUGUCCGUCCACUCGUUGGAAGUGCAAAAUCUUUAGCUAAUGAUGUAAUUGUUGGCCAAAAUAAUUUAAAUUUACCUUCUAAAAAUUCAAAAGAAAUUCAAAGAUUAUCGUCUUCUCGUUUACGUGAAAUUGAAAUUCUUGGGACAGGACAAGAAAUUAAUGAGGAAAUUUUAAAAGCAGAAAAUAAUAAUAAUGGAAAUUCUGGUAUUGAUAAUAUACCACAAAUAUGUCAGGGAAAUUCCCGUAUUUGUAAAUUCGUUGCUUGUGCAGCACACAAUUUUAAACAUGACAGUAAUUUUGCUAAUAUUCAAUUAGCUGCUCAACUUCUUUCUGAUAAAAAAAUGAGAAGAACAAUUGGAUCAAAUCCGAGUGCCAUAAAAGAUGCAUGUAAAGAGCACGGGUUAAAUAAUGGGCAAUGUGGAUUUAUUGUUAAAGCCUUUCAAUUAAUUGAUAAAUUUAUGAGUACAAUAGAAGAUAAUCAAGAAAAUCAAAAACAAAUAAAUAAAAUGAGUGAUUCUGUUUUGGUUGAGGAAAAUAAUGAACAAGAAUUAAUUAAAAGGUUAGAAGAGGGUAUUUUUGAAUUUAGGGGGAAUUAUUUAAUUUUUGGAAAUAUUCUAUUUUUAAUGAAAAACUGGAUGGAUGGGGUAAUUAAUGUAAGUGGGUAA